AUGCUAUCGACACAUGACAAUACUCAUGAUAAACAACAUAGUUCAAUAAAUGAUAUUGAAUUAAUGGAUAUUGAUGUAAUAGGUGGUGAAAACAUAGAAAAAUCAUGUUCUUCAACGAUAUUAAAUGAUGAUACACCAGAUGAUAACACAACUACUUAUUUACCAUUAUGUGAAGAAGAAAACGAUAGUGAUAUUGACUAUGAUAUAUUAGAUGCCUAUGAUUCAUUUAUUAACUUAGAUUUGAAUGAUAAUAGUGAAAAUAGACCACAACAACAUCAUAAUGAUGAUGAAGAACGAUUACAAUUAUUAAAAGAUAUUCGAAUAUACAAAGAAAAAAUUCAUAAUAACAAUAAUGAAGCAUAUGAUAUACCAUUUGCACGUGCAUAUCAAAGUUUAUUAAGAAAAUAUAAUAAACGUGAUUUUAUUAGUUUAUUGUUCCAUUUAGAUGGAAUUGGUUUGUGUAAAUCAACAAGAUUAAAGAUGUGGCUAUUUAGUUCAUCUGUUACAGAAUUAUUGCCCGAGUUCUUUUCCACUUAG